GUCUCCUCCCUGGCCUGUCCUGCCACUGCUGUGUCCAUCAUCUCCUCGAAAGCGGAACUGCUGGAGGACCGGAUGGAGCGACUGGAGUCUGGGCUCGGGGAGAUGUUGGCACGGACCGUUCCCUUUCCUCGUGGCGCCCAGGGCGGUGGUCUUCCAUGUUGUGACCCGCCGUGCACACAGCAACUGGAGGACAUCCAACAGACGAUGAGCACACAUCUGACUGCCAUCACGUCACGACUCGACGUACUCACCUCAAACAUCCACCAACUGACGGCAGUCACUGAGAAAAACAAAACAAAAACGGAGGAACUGGCGAACAGCUUACUCGACACAAAAACAACAAACAAACAGGUAGCGACUGAGGUUUCCCGAUCUGUAAACAUUGUGGCAUAUAUUCACAACAAAAUCACAGACAACAUUAACAAAUUGAGCACUACAACAUCCUCCAAGUUAACAGAGCUGAGCAGCAAGACAAACAGACAAACAGACACACUAGUAGACAUACAAGACAAUUCACUAAGUAAAGACGAACUGACAGAAAAACUCAACAAAUUAUCGGAAAGUGCCGACCAACAGCUAUCUCUAUUAGGUUCAAUCAACAACACAUUUGUGGGAGGGGCGGGGGUAGGGGGUAGAGAUUCUGGGUCAGGUGGGUCAGUGUCGGGUCAAGGGGCGACGGGGGGUCAGGUGGUGGGUGUACCGGGGCUGUGUGGGCCGGCCGGUAAUUCCCACACACACGUGUUGUGUGUGGAGGACUACAGCCAGUGGGUGGGGAGUGGGAAAAUCCGGUGCAGUGAUGUGUGGCGCGUAGGUGUCGGCCGGCCAGAAGUGAGGGGUGUAGUGGAGUUUGGGGAAGACAUGACAAUGGUAGUGUGUCUGAACGACCGUCAGUGUGGGUGCUCUGUGGGCUCAGGGGAUGGGGGGGAGACAUGUGUCCGGGUGACGGUGACGGCCGUGAGUCAGGAGGGGACAGGACGGGACUGGGAGCUGGGGAGUGAGGAGGGGGAGAUCAAUGGAUGGUCUGGUGAGUGGGAGGGGUGGUGGGAGGUUACAGACUUGAUCUUCUAUGAUGAGCUGGAGAGACGGGGGUUGGUGAGGGGAGAUCGGCUCACUCUACGUUUUGACUUCUGUGUACUGUAGAGACACGGGCAGUGGGGCACUAGACGAGACACACAGGUGGACGGACACACAGACAAACACACAAAUAGACAAACACACAGAGAGACAGAUGGGACAAACUAACGGGCAGACUGACAAACUGAAUGAGAGACGAACAGACAGACAGAUUAGACAAAUAGACAAUCAGAUAGAGUAGCGGACGGACUGACAAAUAGACAAAC